GGUUUGGGUUCAAUAUUCAGUGAGACAUUGCAGUCAGAAAAGCUCAGAUAAGAGGAGGCAUUAUUUCUUGGAAAAGUGGAAUCUUUGCAAUUUUUUUGUUGGUACUAGUUGGGUUCCCUUUAGCUUUAGUGCGUGUUUCUGUUGGCUUUUGGCCAAGCUUGCAUGUGAAGCAAUACCAAUUGAGGACCGUGAUUGAAUUUACUUGUUGUUUUUGGAAGGUUGGGAGCUUCUAGAUCUUGCUCUUAAUCCGUGAAUUCAAGCUAGGUUUUUUGUUUCCUUUUGCAGCUUCAUAUUGAGAUCAGGGUUUGGUUUGGUUUCUGUUCUAUGGACUACAUUGAUGAUUUAGCAUUAGAAUUUUUGAGUCUUUUCCGGUUUCGGAUUGGAAUCAAUGGGUGUAGGUAGCAACAUUUCUAGUAAGAAGUAAUUGGUGUUUGCGGUUGGAGUGAUGGAGGAUAUUGGGCUAUUUAAGCAGGGCUUGAAAUGGCUGCAAUCGCAGAAGCAUGUUUAUUCGAGAUCAAAGACUGCUGUCAGUGGAUAUAAAGAUAAAAUGGGGGUGUUUGUAGAGCGGCAUUGGCCGAUGGUGUGCAAUGGGUGCGCCAGAAUGGGGAGGCUCUUGCUCUUGUUGUUGUGUUAUUGGAGGGACUGUACUGUAAGAGGCUUUCGGUCAUUUGUAGGAUUUGGUUCUGCAGCUUUGCUUCUUAUAAUGUGGAGUUGCUUUCUCAGUUUGACUUCUAUGUCUUGCUUGGUUUAUGUCCUUCUUAGUAUGGGAGCCGCUGGAUCUGCUGUUCAGUACUUGGGAUACACUCCUGGAAUUUUUAUUGUAGGGCUCUUUGCUAUUCUGAUCUUAUGGAUGUAUGCUAACUUUUGGAUAACAGGAACAUUAUUUAUAGUUGGAGGUUAUUUGUUCUCCCUUAAUCAUGCACGGUUGGUGGUCUUGAUGGCAACCGCAUAUGCUAUUUAUUGUGUCAAAGUACAAGUUGGAUGGCUUGGGGUUCUGCUCUCAAUAAACCUUGCCUUCUUCUCUAACGAUGUAUUAAAUUAUAUGCUGCAAUGGUGUGAUAAGGUGAGUGAGAGCACACAUUUUGAAGAGCCGAAACAAUCAGAAGAAGUUACGGAAGAUGACUUUUCUAGAGAGUGUGAUUACUCUAUUCCUACUAGUGAACCUGAAAAGGUGCACUCAUGCAAAUCAUCGAGUAAGCCAUCUACUUCAACUGUCAUUAAUAACACGGAGAAAGAAUCCUCUUCCAGUAGUAAGGUGGUCAAAGAGGAAAUAAGUUCAGCUGAUGAGAUGCAAAAAAUACUAAGCAGUCUUAAUCAUUAUGAAGCACUGGGAUUUCCUCGCCACCAAAAAAUUGAUGCUGCAAUUUUGAAAAAGGAAUACCGGAAGAAGGCCAUGCUUGUGCAUCCUGAUAAAAAUAUGGGAAGUGCACUAGCAAGUGAGUCGUUUAAGAGACUUCAAUGUGCAUAUGAGGUUCUUUCGGAUUCCACAAAGAAAAGAGAUUAUGAUGAGCAAUUGCGGAAGGAAGAAUCAAAGACUAAGAGUGUGUGCCAGACCUCUUAUAGUACUUCAGCACAGGCCGCUCCAGGUUAUUGUUCUGAAGAAUCGAGACGCAUACAGUGCACUAAGUGUGGAAAUUCUCAUAUAUGGGUGUGCACCAAUAGAAGUAAGACCAAGGCUAGAUGGUGUCAGGAUUGCUGCCAAUAUCAUCAAGCAAAGGAUGGAGAUGGAUGGGUUGAAUACAAAGGAUCCCUAGUCUUUGAUAGGCCUCAAAAGGUGGAAAUACCGCGAGCUUUUGUUUGUGCUGAGAGCAAAAUCUUUGAUGUGUCGGAAUGGGCAAUUUGUCAGGGAAUGGCAUGUAGACCCAACACCCAUCGGCCUAGUUUCCAUGUAAACAUGGUUGGUUUGGAGAAAACUCAAAGGUCCCACUCAAGUAGAUUCCCAUGGGAUUUGGAUGCUGAAAUGAUGGAUGAAGAUGAAGAAGAAUUCGAGAUAUGGCUUCAGCAAGCUCUGGCCUCUGGCCUCUUUUGUGAGUCCUCAAAACGCCGAAAGAGUUGGACUCCUUUCAAGUUUCAUCAAAUGGGGAAGAAGCAAUGGCGAAGAACAUCAUGUUAAAUACCUCUCCAAGGUUGUGCCAGAAAAACAUCUGCACUGCCCGUUAGGAGAAGGAUUAUUCUGGCAGCAAAUGGUGAGGAUUGUCAAGAUAAAUAUUGACACCCUUGCGGGAAGUGGGUAGGUCUCUCAAAUUAGGAGGCAAAUGGUUUGGUCUCUUGACCCCUUUGUAUCACCACCCCAAGAUUAUGCACUUUACAGGCUUAUGAGCUCAGGUUCUUGUUGUUCUUAAGCAUUUAACCUCGUGUUCAAUCAAUUUUGGCAUAUGAUGCUUCCUACCAGAGUGAUGAAGCACAAUUCACCAUCAACUGCGCUUUGUACAUAUUUUUUUCAUAAUAAAUUUUUCUUUCC